CGCUUAUUCUGCCUUUGUGAGAUUCUCUUAUCCCCUAGGGACCUUAUUGCCUCGGAAAUCCUGGAUGCCAUUUUUUCUUUCUUUGUUAUAUUUCAUUUUUUUAAACAAAACUUAACAAAUACGAGCUUUGAAAACAAUUUCAUGGGCAAUUUCUGGCCUGAAUAGCACUUUAAAACGCCACUUCCGGCAAUCGUUUUUUACUUCCGGUUGAGCGCAAAACAUGGCAGCGCCUGUGUCAGUUCAUCUGGAGUUUGGAGGUGGUGCGGAGCUGCUUUUUGAUGGUGUGAAAGAACACCAUGUGACUCUUCCGAGCCAACCAGAACCUUGGGGCAUGAGGCAGCUACUGGUGUGGAUCCAGAGGAACCUGCUGAAGGAACGACCCGAGCUCUUUGUUCAGGGAGACUCAGUGAGGCCUGGGAUUCUGGUGCUUAUCAAUGAUGCUGACUGGGAGCUGAUGGGGGAACUGGAUUAUCAGCUGCAAGACCAGGACAACGUGGUGUUUAUUUCUACUCUUCAUGGAGGAUAAAAAUAAAAUAAAAUAAAAGGGGAGUGUAAAUUGA